AUGGUCCUCCGCAGAUGGUCCUCCUCCUCAGACGGUCCUCCUCCUCAGACGGUCCUCCUCCUCAGACGGUCCUCCUGCUCAGACGGUCCUCCUCCUGAGGUGACGGUCCUCCUCCUCAGACGGUCCUCCUGCUCAGACGGUCCUUCUCCUCAGAUUAUCCUCCUCCUCAGACGGUCCUCCUCAGAUGGUCCUCCUCCUCAGGUGUCCUCCUCCUCAGACAGACCUACUCAGAUGACUGAUGUGCAGCUGUAA